GGACCGGGGUGCGGCGACAGAAUUAAGAGUAGAAUCCAGAAUCUGGAGCUUCAUGCUGCGGCGAGGCCGCAGCGCGCGGCGAUCACCGCGCCAGGGGGUGCCAGGUUCGCCGCGGGCGUGAGCGAGGUUGUACGCUGCGCUGCAUGCCAUGCUGGGUGUUGGAUGCUGUCGCUGCUGCACGCGCGUGCCACGUCGCACCUCGGGCCGCAGCGAGCCAAGCCCGAGACCGUCUCGCCGCCACGCACGGAGCUGCGACGGACCGCCAAGCAGCAGCGCGCGCAGGGACCGCAAGAGGCAGCACGCAGCAUCCUCGCACGCCCGUCGGACCCGCAAAGGGGGGCUGCGCUCAGAGCGGAUGCCUGCAUCUGCCGCAGCCACACUUCAUGGCGCUGCCGACACGUCGGAGCCGCGCGUGUGCUGGCAGUGGAUCCGGGCGCCGGGCGGGCGGAGCGUUGGGGAGCGACGAGCACGCUUGCACGCAUGCGUGGGCGCGAUGGCGCGGCGCCUGGCGGAGCGCGGCGCCGGCGCUGCAGCUGGCGCUGCGCUCUGGCGUUGCGCACCUGCAGCAUGAGCCUGUUGGGCCUUCGGUGCAGCAGCGGGGCGUGGGCAGUGCGCUGCUGCGGCUGCGGCUGGGCGUCGCAUCAGGGCGAUGGCCCGAGUUCCUGCAGCCGCAGCGCAGGCCACUCCGCCGCGCCCAGCACCAAGGCACACCGCAAGCGGCGCACGCGGAGCCGGCUGCGUGGCUGGCGCUGCAUCGCCGCGCCCGCCGCGCGCCAAACGCGGCGCAGCGCCACGUCGCACGCGCGGCGGUACGCCGGGCCUCCCGCAGCGUGCAGUGCGUCGCUCGCUUCCUGUGGGAACAGAGGCGUCGGCCCGGCCCUGAGCGCCCGCCAGAGCUGCUCCACCAGGCCGACUCGUGCCACAGGGCGCAGCAAACCUUCCCACGUCGACUGCGAUCGUCGUCGCAGCGCAUUCCUCGCGGCGCCGUGCUGCUGGAUGGCCCCCGGCUGGAGCUCGCCCGAUCGCCGCGCCCAGCCCCUCGCACCGUGGGCAAGACGCACGGCCAGGCGCCAGCACACACCGCCGUUGGCACGCCGAUCGAGCCUCGAGCAGUUCGCAUUUGCGAGGGGUGCCUUUGUGGAUCAACGGCGGCGUCCUCGGCGCCGGUGAGCUGCGCGAGCGGACACAGAGAUCGAAGUUCGAAGGUGGUGCUGCCGUAGCUCGGCACCGCUGUGCGGCGCAUGCGCUAGCUCUGCGGUCCUGCGUCCUACGUGGCUGCUGCGCUACUGCAGAGCGGCAUGGUGUUGUUGGGUGGAUAUCUGCCGCCGAACUCGCAGCUCGAGCAUGCGCAUGGUGCCAGGCGGAAUGGAGCUCGCCGCACAGAGGCGCCCUCCUGCUCGCGGCGA